CACACACACACACACACACACACACACAAGCGCGCGCGCGCGCACAGACACGCACAUACACGCGCGCGCACUCGCAGUGGCUUCCACAGAGGACGGAUCGUGCCUUCUUCCUCCUGUUCCUUUCUCACUUGCCGGGUUUUGGCUCCAGGAUCUCCGAAGUGUUCGUUUUCUCGUUUUGUGGAUAGAGUAAGACAAGCCAGCGUAGUGGAAGGGUCCGUGUGCGCCGCGUGCUCUAAACAUGCCAAGGUCUUUCCUGGUGAAGAAGGUGAAGCUAGAUGAUUUCUCAUGCGCAGAGCUGGAAAGCGCCUAUGGCAGGUCAAGAUCUGACCUGAACCUGCGGAUUCACGAUAAAGGUUACAUUAGUGACUACAUUACCCCAGCGGUGUAUGAUGCAGAGACUGAUGGCGGCGUUAAGGUUCCCUCUCCCGAGCCCCUGUACGACGGCGCUCACAGCGAUUAUCAGGCGGACAGCCCGCGAUCGGACACCACGGGCGGCUCGAUCAACGGCGACGCAGCAGUGAAUGGCGGCUACACGGCGCACGCCUUCUUCAUCACAGAUGGCCGGUCGCGGCGCAGAGCGGCCGCAGGAGCGCGCAGUCCGGCUCGGCACACGUGCACCGAGUGCGGCAAGUCUUACGCCACGUCCUCAAACUUGAGUCGCCAUAAGCAGACGCACCGGAGCCUGGACAGCAAGAUGGCCAAGAAGUGCCCGACCUGCGGCAAGGUGUACGUGUCCAUGCCGGCCAUGGCCAUGCACGUGCUUACGCACGACUUGCGGCACAAGUGCGAUGUUUGCGGCAAAGCGUUUAGUCGCCCUUGGCUGCUGCAGGGCCACAUGCGCUCUCACACGGGAGAGAAGCCUUUCGGCUGCGCUCACUGCGGGAAGGCGUUCGCCGACCGCUCCAACCUGCGCGCGCACAUGCAGACGCACUCGUCCUUCAAACACUUCAAGUGCGCGCGCUGCAGCAAGACUUUCGCGCUCAAGUCGUACCUGAACAAACAUUACGAGUCUGCGUGCUUCAAGGGCGCACUGUCACCUCUCCAAGCGUGACUGCGGCCUGCAAAACGCCUCGGCUCUUCUAGACGCUUUUGACCCCUAAAGGAAUACUGAGGCUUCGUUUUGCUGUUCAGAGUUCAGUGCUGAGACUGAGUGCAGCGGGGAAGAGUUUCCUGCACACUGAAGGUUUGAGUGACACAAUGCUGUUCAAUAACUUUUUUAUUUAAUAUUACAUGAUAUAAUUAUACUGCUGCAAGUGACCCCGCGAUGGAUGGAUUGAAAGGUUAUUUAUUUAUUUAUUUAUUUAUUUAUUUAUUUUCGUUUAUCUUUCUAUACAAGGCAAGUAAUUUACCUUUCAUCAUGUUUUGCACUUUCAUUCGCUUAUUUGCCAGUUUUAUUAACAUGCCAAAGCAUUCAAAUCAGUCACAAUUUAUUUUUUAUUAUUAUUAUUUUUUGGUUUCAUAUGCCUAUGUAAUGCAUGCAUGCAAAACAAAACAAAAAAAAACAAAUCUAUGCCAAUAAUCAUAAAACUUAGGCUUAUCAUUUUGCCAAAUCCUAGGUAGUAUCAAUGGGCAAUAUUUUGGGAUUCCCGUAAGGAUAUAUACAGCAAUAAUCAUGUAAUGCAUGGUAUUUUUGAACUGUUACCUAUAGCAGCUUUUUUUCUAAAAAAAAAAAAAAAAUCAGGUAUGUUUUGAUCUCUUAAUAAUCAAACAGAAAAUAUACAACAUCAGGGAAAAUGCCAGUGUAGUGUUAGCAAGUCAAAAAGACUUCAAAAGAAAAGUAUAAAUCGGUUUCCUUUGCUCUGCUGUUAUGCACUGCCUGCCUCUAAUUUAAACGUAGUUUUAGGAUGUAGGCUUGAAGUGCUGUAACUCUGCUCUAAGCGGUUCAGUAUCAUUAUCCAAAUCUUUGGAACACCCAGUUUAGGAGGGGGAGGCUCUUCCACAGGUAACUCAAAAGAAUAAGGAAGAUUGACAGUAGCAGGGAAGAUGAACCUUUGCACAGCUGGUCUGUAAUCCACUUCCACUGCAGUUCAGGCGUUGAUUACUUUUACGAUUCCUGCAUUUCUCCAGUCUAGGUGUCCCUCAGAUUUCUGCUAAAAGCACUUCCUAUUCUUAAAAGUAGCACAAAACCUAGAUUCAGGUAGAAAUAACUAUACUAGUUUGACCUUAGUUUUUGUAUAAUAAAUAAAGAAUAUCUGAGAUGCUCAGUUUAAAAGGUCAUGUAGCCUAACUGUAAAUACUUGUUUGAUGAGGAAGAAAAAACUUUUUACAACUGAUUAAUCUGCUGACUCCUGAUCAGGGGAACUCUGAAUGAAAUAGGUUUAACAUGUACUGCGAUUUUUGAGCCAGUCUUCAACUGUUGUAAAAGCACAAGGCACCAGGAAUUUUGUGGCACUUCAUAAUAAAGAUAAA